AUGAUGGAAAAUUUGUUCGUUAAUCUGCAGAUCGAGUGCUCGAUGGCCGGAGUUAGGUUGUCGCUUCUCAAAUCACUUCACCGAUCAACAAACUCGUCUUGUAAACCUCAUUCAGCUCACGUACGAAGACAUUUUUCGAGAUUAGCUGAAUAUGCUAAGCAGCCACCAGCGAAAUCAUCUCCGGUGUUUUCUGGUUUCCAGAAGAAGAAGGAGCCUUAUGCUUCUUUCAAUCUCUUAAACUCCCAUGUCCGGGCCAUUGGCUGCGCAUAUCCUCUUGAUGGAGCAAAAGCUUCCCCUUCGAUUGUCCCUUUCUCAUCGAAUUUGCGAAUGUCUAAUGCUAAGCUUUUCAAUUACUCGACCCCUUUGUUAGGCCAUUCAUCUUAUGCACGAGCUUUCAGCACCAAACCUGAUAUCGUAUCCCCUGGUGCUACUGGCUCUGGCGAUGGGAAUGGCAUUGACUGGGUUGAGAAAGCCAAGGAGGUCUUGCAGACUAGUGUAGAUGCUGUUAAUGAAACUGCAAGGAAGGCUAACGAAGCCUCUAAUGAGCUGACUCCUCAUGUGGAGCAAUUUCUGGACUCGAAUCCCUAUCUUAAAGAAGUGAUUGGUCCCGUGAGUCUCACUAUGACUGCUGCUUUGUUUUCUUGGGUUGUGCUGCCAAAGGUUUUGAGGAGGUUCCACAGAUAUGCAAUGCAAAGCUCGGCUGCUUUGCUUCCCGUAGGCUUGUCGAGCGAAGAUGUUCCAUAUGAGAAGAGCUUUUGGGGUGCUUUAGAGGACCCAACACGUUACUUCUUGACCUUCAUGGCUUUUGCACAAGUUGCCGUGAUGGUGGCUCCAACAACAGUAGCAGCUCAAUACUUUUCCCCAGCAUUGAGAGGAGCAGUCAUCCUAUCACUCGUGUGGUUCCUACAUCGGUGGAAGACCAAUGUGAUUACCCGAAUGUUGUCUACUAAGAGUUUUGGUGGGCUAGAUAGGGACAAGAUAUUGACAUUGGACAAGGUAUCAUCUGUUGGUCUCUUUGCAAUCGGUUUGAUGGCUUCCGCAGAAGCAUGUGGGGUAGCUGUUCGAUCUAUCUUGACAGUCGGUGGAGUCGGAGGAGUGGCCACUGCUUUUGCUGCCAGAGACAUCCUCGGUAAUGUGCUGAGUGGUCUGUCCAUGCAAUUCUCCAGGCCUUUCUCUAUGGGAGAUACAAUCAAAGCUGGCACUGUAGAAGGUCAAGUAGUUGAGAUGGGACUUACGACAACAUCUUUGCUGAAUGCUGAAAAGUUUCCAGUUUUGGUACCUAAUUCUCUGUUUUCCAGUCAGGUGAUCGUGAAUAAGUCACGCGCUCAGUGGCGAUCCAUAGCAUCCAAGAUCCCGUUGCAGAUCGAUGACUUGGAUAAGAUUCCUGAGAUAACAAGUGAGAUAAAGGAAACGUUGAGGUCAAACACAAAAGUGUUCUUAGGGAAAGAAGCUCCUUACUGUUAUUUAACCCGAGUGGAGAAAUCAUUCGCGGAACUCACCAUUGGGUGCAAUCUCAUAUACAUGGGGAAAGAUGAGCUUUACGCAACACAACAAGAAGUUCUUCUUGAGUCGGUUAAGAUCAUACAGAAGCACGGUGCGUCCCUGGGUUCCACCUGGGACAACUCCACCUUUUGA